AUGACGAUGAAGCUCCUUUCUCUAUCCACUCUCCUUCUCUUCACGGGCCUAGCAGCAGCAGGGGAAGCCCAACCGGCCUGCCCAACCAUAACCAGCCACGCCCUCUGCCCAACCUGCCCCGUCAACGCAUGCCUCAAGCUCGACACCGUAACCAUCCCCUGCGGCUGCCCCACCGCCUCGGUGCCCACCGCCACCAUCACCCACACCUGCCCCUCGAACCCGGACGAGACGUGUUUCGCACCCCCCUGCGCCAGCACCAGCUACGCGACCGUGACUGAGUCAUGCAACGGCGGCGGUGGCUGCCCGACCGUGACGUCGACGGUGCGCGCGCCCGACUGCACGCCGCCGCCGCCGGCGGGGGGGUCGGUGUGCGUCGAGCUGGCGUGCCUCGAGGUCGUGCCCAUGACGUGGCCGUGCUCGUGCGUGGGCAGCGGGCCCGUGCCGACGGCUACUGUUACGGGGCCGUAUGCGUUUCUGAAAUUGGAUAUCAUCCUGUGA